AUGAGCGAGUUGCUGCAGCAAGAAUACAAGAGGCUGACCGGACAAGAUUCGUCCACGCUCGAGGGCCCUCUCUCAGAAGACGCCUUGGCCAACCUGAAGCUCUACAAGUACUCGUCUGUUGACAAGUCGUUCACCUCGCGCUAUGUCCUGAAACACUAUCUGUGCCAACAAACANNGUGGAACGCAUGCGUCGAAUUUCUGCCGCUAUGGCUGGCUCCCAACAUGGUGACGCUGCUGGGCUUCUUCUGCAUCCUCAGCAACGUUAUCCUCAUGCUCAUUUAUGACCCUGGUUUGACUGGUCUUGCCCCGUCAUGGGUCUACUACAGCUACGCCCUCGGCAUCUGGGCUUACAGCACCAUGGAUAACAUCGACGGCAAGCAAGCACGUCGCACUGGAACUUCCUCGCCCCUGGGUGAGCUCUUCGAGCUGAACCAAAUAGUNCACGGCAUCGACAGUCUCAACUGCACGCUCGCAUCCCUCCUCGAAACUUCCGCCAUGGGUCUCGGUUCAACACGUCUCGGUGCUCUUACCGCACUCAUCCCUACGCUGCCCAUGUUCUUCUCGACUUGGGAAACAUACCACACUCACACCCUGUUCCUCGGCUACUUCAACGGCCCCACCGAAGGUCUCAUCAUUGCCGCGCUCAUCAUGAUCCUCUCUGGCUACUACGGCCCCACGCUCUGGACUAGCCCCCUGGCUAAUCUUGUCGGCCACGAGCAAUUCCUCGGCAAGACCAAUUUCCUCGAUCUCUGGGCUCCCAUUCUGCUUCUCGGACUCUGUCUCGCACACAUCCCUGAUUGCGUCAACAACGUAUACCAGGCUCGAAGAGGCAGAAACCAAUCCUUGACACCUGCAUUGCUGGAGUGGGCUCCCAUCUUCGUCUUUACUGGUUCUUUGUGCGCAUGGCUGGGAUCACCUUACUCGCAUCUGCUCAAGGACAACCAUCUCUCUCUGCUCUGCUUCACCCUCUCGCCAGCUUUUGGCCGCAUGACGACCAAGAUCAUCCUUGCGCAUCUUACCCGCCAGGACUUCCCCAUGUGGACUGUUAUGCUGGCUCCUCUCCUCAUUGGCAGCAUUCUCAUCAACCUGCCCUACAUCGGCCUUCCUGGUCUAUCUGCAAGCUCAGAGCUCUGGUUCCUGAGAGGCUACUUUGCAUUUGCAACCAUUGUGUAUGCGCGCUGGGCUAUUUAUGUCUGCAACAGCAUUUGCAACUACCUGGGCAUCAACUGCUUGACCAUUCCCGAGGACAAAUGGAUGGCAUUGAAGGCCGGCGCACCNCCGAACCAGAGACCCGAAGCCAACCGCUUGGCUUCUGGAUCCGUGAGACUGCAGAAGGGCGGUGCCAAUGGCAAGUUUGCUUAG